AUGCCACUCCUUCUAAAUCAAGCACACUAUGCCACAUGUCCACCUCCGGCAAUCCCCUUUUGGCUAGCCGCCACUGCUUGCCAUCCAUCCUUGACCAGCCGCCGUCGUCGCCGGAUCUCGUACCUCGCCGACUACCGGCCAGCCAUCGCGUACCUCACCGACUGCCGGCCAGCCAUCGCGUACCUCACCGACUGCCGGCCAGCCAUCGCGUACCUCACCGACUGCCGGCCAGCCAUCGCGUACCUCACCGACUGCCGGCCAGCCAUCGCGUACCUCACCGACUGCCGGCCAGCCAUCGCGUACCUCACCGACUGCCGGCCAGCCAUCGCGUACCUCACCGACUGCCGGCCAGCCAUCGCGUACCUCACCGACUGCCGGCCAGCCAUCGCGUACCUCACCGACUGCCGGCCAGCCAUCGCGUACCUCACCGACUGCCGGCCAGCCAUCGCGUACCUCACCGACUGCCGGCCAGCCAUCGCGUACCUCACCGACUGCCGGCCAGCCAUCGCGUACCUCACCGACUGCCGGCCAGCCAUCGCGUACCUCACCGACUGCCGGCCAGCCAUCGCGUACCUCACCGACUGCCGGCCAGCCAUCGCGUACCUCACCGACUGCCGGCCAGCCAUCGCGUACCUCACCGACUGCCGGCCAACCAUCGAUGUACCUCGCUGA